UUUGCAUUAAUCUGGACAGAAGUGACUACUUAUGGUUUUCCGGUGUAAUAGGGUCAUUAAAAAACUUAGCAAUGCUUCCUCAAAACUCCUCAGUUAUCCCUUGUCGUGUAGUAAGCUCAUAGCACUAUACUUAGAGUAUUACCUACUAACCACCCAGCUUUAUAAAGCAUCUCACAGAUCAGGAGAUGUGAGUCAAACUCGUUGUAAAAUCAAGCAGUGGGGCACUGAUCCGAUCCUCGGGAAUCACCAUUGUUCGCUUUCCCGAUACUUACAUGACGAGAUUCGGUUUACAGGUAGAACCACAUCAAAUCAUAGCCGGGGUAUGGAACCAAUAAAUACUUUGACUUCACCCCAGCCCUCACUGCCAUCAACAUGAACUCCACAAAGCCCCCAGCAGCAACAAGAGCGAUAUCAUGACGGCCAGUAUCCAAACUGCCUACGCUGAAGCGGAGGCGCGCUAUGAAGUCGCAAACCCUGCCAGCCGUGCGGCGCACGAGACAGCGACGGCAAGCCUGCCCGGGGGCAACACGCGCUCGGUGCUACACUGGGAACCAUACCCGCUCUGCAUCCGCUCGGCCCAGGGCUACACACUACACGAUGUCGACGGUCACGCAUAUGUGGAUCUGCUGGGCGAAUACUCGGCCGGCGUCUACGGGCACUCGCACCCCACAUUGCUAGCCGCCAUCACGGAGACGGCGCAGCGCGGCCUGAGCUACGGCGGGCCCCAUGCCGCCGAGGCGCGCCUCGCAGGGCUCAUCAAGGAACGGUUCCGAAGCAUCGAGCGCAUCCGCUUCACGAACUCUGGCACAGAAGCGAACCUCAUGGCCCUCGCUGCGGCGAAGGCGUUCACGGGGAGACACCGGGGCAAGGUCAUCGUGUUCGAGGGCGCGUAUCAUGGAGGGGUCUUCGUCUUUCCCUUCGGGUGCCGAGACGUUUGGAAUAAAGGGGGGCCCAGCACCGGGAGUAAAUACGAGGCUCUGCGCGCGCUGAACGCGCCUCACGAUUUCCUCGUCGCGACGUACAACGACAUCGCCUCCGUCGACGCGCUCCUCGCCUCCUCCGUCGGCAACGAAGGCGUGGCCGCCAUCUUGUUGGAGCCCAUGCUGGGAUCUGGCGGCGGCGUAUGUAGCACCCCUGGGUUCCUCGCGCAUCUCCGGCAUCGCGCCGACGAGCUGGGCGCAUUGCUCGUCUUCGACGAAGUCAUGACGUCGCGCAUGUACGACGGCGGCGGCAUCCAGAGCGCCACGGGGAUCCGCCCCGACCUCACCACGCUCGGGAAGUACGUCGGUGGCGGCAUGUCGUUCGGGGCCUUCGGAGGCCGCCGGGACGUCAUGGCGCUCUUCGACCCCCGUGAGAAAGAGGCGCUCCCGCACGCUGGCACUUUCAAUAAUAACGUCCUGACGAUGAAUGUCGGCGCCGUCGGCCUCGAGCACGUGUUUACGCCCGCGAAGGCGAGGGAACUACAUGCGCUGGGCGACGAGGUCCGCGAAAAGAUCAAUGCGCUUGGCAGUGGUGAGACGGCGGCGAGAGGGCUGCGGGUGCUGGGCUGCGGCUCGAUUCUCACGUUCCAUUUCACCCGGACGCCCGUCGAUAAUAUUGCUUCGCCGGCGGAUUGGAAGAGCGAUGAGGACGCGAGAUUGCUUGAUCUCUUCCACCUCGAGAUGCUAGAUGAGGGCUUUUACCUUGCUAGGCGUGGCUAUGUCUCGCUUAGCCUGGCGCUGUUGGAGGAUGAUGGACGGCGUGAGUUGGAGCGGUUUGUGGAGGCUGUUGAGAGGUUCCUUGGGAGGUUCCGGGGCUUAAUGGCUUGAGUAGUGGUAACUUAGUUGAACAAUUCUCGGUCAAGUAAUGAGCUGUUUUGCUCAUGUUAGUGCUGUUUUGGGAGUUUGCUUUGUCGUGAGAUGCUGAAGUAGCUUUCUAAAUAUCCAGCAUGAAUGACGACCUAUGUCUUCGUAAUGUUCAGAUAUGUUAUUCAUUGCAAAUUUUCGAGUUAUAGCGCAAUGGCUUAGGACUAGUAGGCCGAUAUGCUUACGAUCUACGUGCCAUAUAUGAGAUUUCUGCAGCUGUUGUUCGAGUGCGAGUAUGGUGACUUGGAAUUCUGGGGGUCUAACAAGAUAGUCAAAUACUGUACUUUACACAAAGGGACUAAUAUAUGUUUUAAACUUA